GUAUCUGCAAACCUCCUUCGGCUGCAAAAUCUCACCCCAAAACUAAGAUGAUGCUUGGGCUGAGCUCAAGCAUGUCCAUCCCCAAUUUCCUGCUCCUCCUCGUCGCAACCGCUGCUUCCUCUUCCUUCACCGGAGCCCAUGCCGGCGUCGCCUGCGCGCCCGAGGAGAGGGAAGCCCUCUUGGCGUUUAAGCAGGGCAUCACCGGCGACCCGGGGGACCUCUUGGCAACAUGGAAGUCGGAUGAACCUGACUGCUGCCGGUGGGGAGGAGUCCAGUGCAGCAACCUGACGGGCCAUGUCCUCGAGCUUCACCUCGGUGACGGAGCUCUGACCGGCGAGAUAAGUCAUUCCCUGCUCUCCUUGCAGCACCUGGAGCAUCUCGACCUCAGCUUGAACAACCUCCAGGGACCAACCGGCGAGAUCCCGGAGUUCCUAGGCUCCUUCAAGAACCUAAGGUAUCUGGACCUCUUUGGCAUGCCGUUCUCCGGUGCGGUGCCGCCUCAGCUUGGGAACCUCUCAAAGCUCUACCAUCUUGAUCUCUCGAGCUAGG